UGACUGAGUGUGUGUGCGCUACUCUUGGUGCUAUUGCGUCGCUGUUAGCUAGGUAGAAGAUAUGGCCGUAGACAAACAAAACGAAGCUAAAAUAUCCCUCACGGAGGAAAAUAAGGAGAAUAUUCCAGAGGAGGGACUUGGCCUGGAAAUCCUACAAAUAAUCAAGGAGUCCCAGCAGCAGCAUGGCCUCAGACAUGGAGACUACCAAAGAUACAGAGGCUACUGCUCCCGUAGGCUACGCCGACUUCGCAAGACUCUCGGCUUUAAGAUGGGGAACCGACACAAGUUUGUUGGAAAGAAGGUCACCGUGGAAAUGCUUUCUGACAGCAGGUAUCUCUUGGUGGUUUUGAUGGAAGCAGAGCGUGCAUGGAGCUACGCCAUGCAGCUGAAACAAGAGGCCAACACUGAACCCAGGAAGCGUUUCCACCUGCUCGCACGAUUACGCAAAGCUGCCAAACACAGCGAGAAGCUGGAGAAGCUGUGUGAGAGCCCUCGUGUCGAUGCUAAGACCAAACUGGAGGCGCAGGCCUACACUGCUUACCUGACUGGGAUGGUGGAGUUUGAGCUGCAGGAGUGGAAGCGUGCUAUGGAGGCCUUUAACAAGUGCAAGACCAUUUAUGAGAAGCUGGCCAGCGCGUUCACUGAGGACCUGGCUCUUCUGUAUCGUCAGCGUGUCGACGAGAUCUCCCCCAACAUCCGCUACUGUGCUUACAACAUCGGUGAUCAGAAUGCCAUCAAUGACUUGAUGCAGAUGAGGCUGACUGGUGGAGGAGGAGGCAUGAUGGCUGAGAAACUAGAGGCCCUGAUCACUCAGGCCAGAACCAAGCAGGCUACCACCAUGAGCGAGGUGGAGUGGAGAGGGCGGACGGUACCUGUGAAGAUCGACAAGGCCCGAAUUUUUCUGUUGGGCCUGGCAGACAAUGAAGCUGCCAUCGCUCAGGCAGCUAAUGAGGAGACCAAAGAGCAUCUGUAUGAGUCUCUGCUGGCCGAGUGCAGAGACACCAUCCAAGCUGUAAGAGAGGAACUCAAGAGCGAGGCGAAGCAGCGAGAGCGGAGCUCUGAUGGUGAGAGUGGGAAGGUGUCCAACCUUCAGUACCUGCACAGUUAUUUGACCUACAUCAAGCUGUGCACGCUGGUGAAGAGAAACGAAAGCAUGGCUGACACUCUGCAGGCUAAGCUGAAGGAGACCGAGGCUGACGAGAACAAGAGGGGGGCCCGUCCCCAAGACCUCAUCCGCCUCUAUGACAUCAUCCUGCAGAGUCUGGCUGAGCUGUCCACCCUGCAGGGGCUCGAGGACGACCACACCUUCCAGAAGGAGGUGUCCCUCAAGACUCUGGUCUACAAGGCCUACAGGUGUUUCUUUAUAGCUCAAUCUUACGUGCUGGUGAAGAAGUGGAGCGAGGCUCUGGUCCUGUAUGAGAAGGUGCUAAAAUACGCUAAGGAGGUCCAGUCUAAGGCCAAGAGUCUGAACAACAGCCUCAAGGAUUUGCCGGAUGUCCAGGAACUCAUUGCUGAAGUCAACGCUGAGAAAUACUCUCUUCAAGCUGCUGCUAUUUUGGACACCGAUGAGCCUCCUGAAGCUUCCUGCCAGCAGCAGGUGAAAGACAACACGCCUCUCUGUGACCACCUGGAGACCUUCCGUCUGGACACCACCCUCGUAGGGAAACACCCCAACCUGGUCCAGUUCCCCCCCGACUUCCAGCCCAUUCCCUGCAAGCCGCUGUUUUUCGACCUCGCCCUCAACCACGUGACCUUCCCACCGCUGGACGACAAGGUGGAGCAGAAGGGCAAGGGCGGCCUGACCGGCUACAUCAAGGGCAUCUUCGGAUUUGGCAGCUAGAGACGGAAGAGCGCCACGUCAGAGCAGCAGGACCCGAGUUUCUCAGCACCAAUCACGCUUGGUUCUCCUGUCAGCUGGAAUCAUUUCAGUUUCAUUUAAAGGUUUUUAAUUCAUAGUGCCUGUUGACCAAAGCCGAGGAAGGGAGCUCAGAAACGAUGUUAUGAUUACGAUGGAGAUCCUCCUGUAACGUGUCCAUCAGAGCAAGAAAGCAGGCGUCAGCGUUCUCGGGUCUCGACAUUCAGUUAAGUUAACCCACCGUGGCAUUUUUAGGUCUUCAUCUUCAUGUUGUCCCUUCCUCUCAUCGUGUGUGAGCCGUGGUCAGCAUCGUCAUCUGUCAGCAGCAGCAGGAAGUACCGGGAAUAUUCCUGCCAAGUCGUCGCCGUUCUAACGCCAAGCUACUCAGACCUGGACAGGAGUGCGUCUAGGAUCUGGUGAGGAAGAGGAGGGGGGUUGGUGCCGAAACCAAAGACAGACGUUGGUUUUCUCGUCUGGUUGGCCCGCUCCAGUCGCCUCACCUUUGUGAACAAUCAGCAUUUUUGUUUUCUUUGACCACUUGUGUUGGACUCCUGACAGGAUUAGUUGAAUGAGAAUAGUUAGAAAUGGAUGUGUUGACUAACCUGGACGAGGCUCUCGUGGAUCAGACAUGCUAGAGGAACGUGUGAUGCUCCUGACUUUCCAGACUCGAGCGUUUCUCAGCUGUCACCGCGCCUCGGAGCCUGAUCAGGGCUGAAGCUUUUUACACGACUGCCGCGUGGGUCUGUGCUGACUUCUGACCUGUCUGACUUCCUUUCCCUUCCUGUUGAGUGUUUUCUGUUAAAGAAUAAAGUCCCUCCAUCACCCCGGAUAUUCAGGAUGUGGGAAUGAAAUCCUAGGAUAGGUGGGUAGGAAUGUCCGAUUUUCAUUUGGUCUCCAGGCUUGUGAUUAAAAUAAAUUUGCACCAAAUCUUGA